AUGGGCAUGUACCCACUUCAGAUUAGUGGAAUAAUGUCCACCGAAAAGAAAAAUCGCAUAAUCCUUGGUCUUAUGACCUUUGGGCCUGACCGAAAUGAUGGCGCUCGCAUUACUUCCCUCACAGAAUUCAAAAACAUACUCACCGCUUUCCGUGAUCGCGGCUACAUCGAACUCGAUACAGCUCGUGUCUACUGCGGAAGCCAGCAAGAAUCCUUUACCGCAUCCGCCGGAUGGAAACAGGCGGGUUUUACCAUUGCAACUAAGCUCUACCCAAACCAGCCAGGAAUCCACAAGGCGGCAUCUAUAAAGGAGAAUAUUGCCAAGUCACUCAGCGAGCUAGGUACGGAGAAGGUAGACUUAUGCGUACAAGGAGGGAAAUUCAAGAGGCUGGGAUUGAGUAAUUACACUGCAUUUGAGGUGGCCGAGAUUUGCACCCUGUGUAAGGAAAGAGGAUGGGUGAAACCAAGUGUGUAUCAGGGAAUGUAUAAUGUCAUCACCAGAGCGAUUGAGAAGGAGUUGUUCGUGGCCUGUAGGAAAUACGGACUUGACAUCGUGGUCUAUAAUCCUCUAGCAGGCGGCUUCUUCACCGGCAACUACAAAUCGCCCGCCCUCCCCGAGUCAGGAAGAUUCAGUAAUACCAACCCCUCGGGUAGUGUCUACCGUGCUCGUUAUUUUAAUGACCACUAUUUCAAUGCGCUCAAACUCAUUGAGCCCGUUGCGGAGAAGCACAAUCUUACCAUGGUAGAAAUUGCGUUUCGGUGGUUGCUUCACCAUUCAGUGCUAAACAUCAAGAACGGGAAUGAUGGAAUAAUAUUGGGUGUGAGUAGCCAGAAGCAAUUAGAGGAGAAUCUGGAUCAACUAGAGAAGGGUCCCUUUCCAAGUGAGGUGGUAGAAGUGUUGAAUAAGGCCUGGGAGGUGGUGAAUCCAAAUACGCCAAAUUAUUGGCAUUUGGAAUUGAAGUACACUUACGAUACGACUGUCUGA